AUGGCAGCAAUUUACAGCCUAUACAUCAUCAACAAAUCAGGUGGAUUGAUCUUCUACAAGGAUUAUGGGUCUUCAGGACGGAUGGACACUAAUGAUAGCUUGAGGGUUGCAAGCUUGUGGCACUCUAUGCACGCCAUUUCUCAGCAGCUGUCGCCGAUAUCGGGUUGUUUCGGCAUCGAGCUCCUCCAAGCUGACACUUUCGAUCUUCAUUGCUUCCAAUCACUCACUGGGACAAAGUUCUUUGUUGUCUGUGAGCCUGGGACACAGCACAUGGAAGGUCUCUUGAAACAUAUCUAUGAAUUGUACACAGAUUAUGUCUUGAAGAACCCCUUCUAUGAGAUGGAGAUGCCUAUACGAUGUGAGCUCUUUGAUAUCAACCUGACACAGGCAAUACAGAAGGAUCGUGUUGCCUUGUUAGCCCGAUGA